AUGUCUAGUUCUGGUCAGAAACAGAAAAGCUCACUUUCCUCUGUGAUGCAUAACUGUGAUGACGUCAUGGCUAGCAAUCCGUGCACGGGCAGUUACACGCUGACAGCGCCGGAAGUGACCAAUGUGACUGUGUUUUGUGAUAUGGCAACCCUUUCUGGUGCUUGGCUGGUGUUUCUCCAUCAGUUGCAGGUGUUUCGUCACCAAUUACAGGCGUUUGUUCAUAAAUUACAGGUGAUUCUUCAUACAUUACAGGCGAUUCUUAAGAAAUUGCAGAUGAUUCUUCAUAGAUUACAGGUGUUUCUUCGUAAAUUACAGGCGUGUCUUCAUAUAUUACAGGUGGUGUUUCAGAGACGGAUGGACGGAUCUGAAGAAUUCUACAGAACUUGGAAUGAAUACAAAAAUGGGUUUGGUGACGUAAACAGAGAAUUCUGGCUUGGAAACGAGAUAAUCCAUCAGAUAACGAGGCGGACGGUUUACGAACUGCGGAUUGAGUUGGAGGAUUUUGAAGGCAACACGCGCUAUGCGAUGUACUCUCCAUUUUCAUUGGGUAGCGAGGCAGAGAACUACACUCUUCACGUUGCCUCGUACAGCGGGGAUGCAGGCGAUGCGUUGAGCUGGUUCAGUGGUGUACCAUUCAGUACGAAAGAUAUGGAUUUGGAUUUGUUUGUCUCAAGCUGUGCAGAGUUGUAUCACGGAGCGUGGUGGUAUACAUCGUGUCACUCAUCCAACUUAAACGGCUGGUACCUCGGUGGUUCUACCAAGAAAUACGCCACGGGAGUUGUAUGGAGACCCUGGAAAGGACAUUACUACUCGUUAAAGAGAAGUGAAAUGAAAAUACGACCCGUCUUGGCUUGA